CCUUUCCUUCCUUUUCCCGUUCCUUGACAGAGUCUCACUCCGUUGCCCUGGGUAGAUUGUCAUGGUGUCGUCCAUCAUAGUUCACAGCAAGCUGAAACUCUUGGGCUCAAGUGAUCCUCUUAUCUUACCUUCCUGAGUGGCUGGGACUACAAGACUACAACUGUGCACUACCACACCUGGCUAGUUUUUCUAAUUUUAGUAGAGACUGGCGGGGGUGAGGGGGUCUUACUCUUGUUCAGAAUCGUCUUGAACUCCUAAGCUCAAGCAGUCCCCUCAUCAGAGUGCUAGGAUUACAGGCUGAACCACCAUGCGUGGCCCAUAUCCAAGUUAGUUAAUUAUUUCUAUCUAACAAAUUACCCCAAAACAUUUGUUAUUUUAUAAUUUCUGUGUUUCAAGAAUCUAGCUAUGGUUUAACUGGGUACCUUUGGUUCAAGGUCUCUCAUAAGACUGUAACUGAGGUGUUGGCUUGAGCAGCAGUCAUCUCAAGGCAUGAUGGGAAGAAUCUGCUUCUCAGAUCACUUACGUGGUGCCUAGGAGGCCUUACAUCCUUGCUAUAUAUUGGCUGGAGACAUCAUUGUUUUGCAUGUGGGUUUGUUUAGUCCACAGCAUGGCAGUUGGCUUCCCUGAGUGAGAGAGGAUGACCAGAUGGAAGCCACAAUCUCUUUAAUCUCAGAAAUCUUAGAAAUAGCAUCCUAUCACCUCUGCUGCAUUGUCUUCACUAAAGAAGACCCAAGAUGAACUCUCCUGCCUCAUGAUAUUUCAACUUCUGCCCCUGCUGCUAGCCACUUUGAUUAUAUCCAUAGCAUACUGUUCACAUUUUUGAGAAGGAGAAAGCAGAUGGGAUGGAAGGUAGUUUCUUUUGAAUAUUACUACCCUGUCAGCAAGAAUUGUGAUUAAGACCACCUUUCCCUCAGAGAACAAGGUUUCCAGUAAUUAUCUGCAGGAAUCGCCAUGACCCCAGCUCUGAGGGAGGGAACAGCAAAGGGUGUCUGCUUUUCAUCUUUGCCAAGUACCAUGGAGUCUGACAAGAUGCUAUGCAUGGAAAGUCCGAGAACCAUGGAUGAAAAGCUAAAAGGAGACACUUUCUCUCAAGUGCUGGGAUUUUCAACUCCUGAGCCUACUCUUGAUACUAAUUUUAUGAAUUUAAAACAUUUUGGCUCUCCUCAGUCUUCAAAACAUUAUCAGACAGUUCUUUUAAUGAGUUCUAAUUCUACAUUAUAUAAAUACAAUGACAAUUAUAAGCAAAAAAAUUUAGGACAGCCCAAUUGCAAUAAGCUGAAAAGCAUACUGUGUAAUGGUAGCAACGUUCAGCUCAGUAAAAUCUGUCAUUCUCAUUCUGAAGAGGUCAUCAAAAAGGAGCCUUUAUCAGAUAAUACAAGCCAGAAAGAUGUACAAAUUAUUUUGGAUUCAAAUGUAACCAAAGACACUAAUAUAGGUAAAGUACAACUGCAAAACUGUAAAUGGUACCAAAAGAAUGCACUUUUGGAUAAAGUUACUGAUGCUGAAAUUAACAAGGGUUUUUGGCACUGUGCUCAAAAGAAAUUUGGACCUGGCCAAUCAAAUGUGCCUAUUAGUUCUUCAACUGCUGAAAAAGAGGAGGAAGUGAAUGCUCGUUUACUUCACUGUGUAAGUAAACAGAAAAUUUUACUUAGCCAGGCUAGAAGAACUCAGAAACAUUUGCAGAUGCUUCUGGCAAAACAUGUUGUUAAGCACUAUGGUCAGCAAAUGAAAUUUUCUAUGAAGCAUCAACUCCCCAAAAUGAAGAUCUUUCAUGAACCUACCACAAUUAUGGGUAACAGUUUACCUAAAUGCACUGAUAUUAAGCCAGAAGUCCACAUAUUGACAGCAGAGAAUAAAUUAUGGGAUGAUACAAAAAAUGGCUUUGCACGGUGUACAGCUGCAGAAAUCCAAAGAUUUGCAUUGUCUGCUACAGGGCUGUUGUCUCAUGUUGAAGAGGGUCUGGAUUCUGAUGCAACUGAUAGCAGCUCUGAUGACGAUUUGGAUGAAUAUACCAUUAGAAAAAAUGUGGCAGUUGACUAUAGUACUGAAUGGAAGUGGCUUGUAGACAGAGCAAGAGUUGGCAGCCGAUGGACUUGGCUUCAAGCCCAGAUUUCAGAGCUCGAAUACAAAAUCCAACAACUAACAGAGGUUCACAGGCAGAUUCGUGCCUCCAAGGGGAUAGUGAUCCUAGAAGAAUGCCACCUUCCAAAAGACAUUUUGAAAAAACAAAUACAAUUUGCAGACCAAGCAGCUUCGUUAAACACUACAGGGAAUCCUCAGGUUCCCCGAGAGUGUCAAGAUCCUUUACCAGAACAAGAUUUUGAAAUGUCACCAAGCAGCCCUACUUUACUUCUUCGAAACAUAGAAAAACAGAGUGCACAGUUGACUGAGAUCAUCAACAGUUUGAUUGCCCCUCUCAACUUGUCCCCAACUUCAUCACCCCUCUCCUCCAAAUCCCGUAGCCAAAAAUGUCUGGCUAAUGGCAUUUCCAGGAGUGCUUCAGAGAAUUUAGAUGAGCUCUCUUCCUCCAGUAACUGGUUAGUUAACCAGAAGCACAAUAAGAAAAGGAGAAAAGACAGGACAAGAGUGAAAUCUCCAUCCUUGACUAUCAUGAGUACAGCAGCCCGAACAAGGCCACUUCAGAGUUUCCACAAACGAAAACUGUACAGAUUGAGCCCCACUUUUUACUGGACUCCACAGACUUUGCCUUCAAAAGAAACAUUUUUAAAUACUACAAAAAUGCCUUGCCUACAAUCAGCUUCAACUUGGAGUAGCUGUGAACACAAUUCAGACUCUCAGCUAUUAAGGGAACAUGUAUCAGAGUUGGAUUCCUCUUUCCAUUCUGUUCUAUCAUUGCCAUCAGAUGUACCUCUUCAUUUUCACUUUGGAACAUUUUUAAAAAAGACUGAAAUAAAAGGAGAUCUUGCUGAAAAUAAAUUUGUAGGCGACUGUAUCAUAUCUCCAUCAUCUGUACAUAGCACUUCUCUAAAUCAAUGGAGAAAUGGAUAUUCACCUACAUGUAAACCUCAAAUAAGGUCAGAGUCUUCUACACAACUGUUACAAGGAAGAAAGAAAAGACAUUUGAGUGAAACAGCAUUAGGAGAAAGAACUAGAUUUGAAGAAUUUGCUUUUCAACACACAGAACCGGGAUGCCAUAACAACUCUACUGCUGUUUCUAAUGUCAGCAUUAUAUCAAGAACCCAGAAUUCAUCAUCACAAAAUACUGCACGACGGAGAUUGAGAAGUGAGAGUUCUUAUAACAUAGAUAACAUUGUGAUUCCCAUGUCAUUAGCAGCACCAGCUAAGUUAGAGAAACUCCAAUAUAAGGAAAUACUUACUCCAAGCUGGAGGAAGGUGAUUCUUCAGCCCCUGGAUGAAUGUAAUCUAGGUGUGGAAGAGAUAGAAGAUCUUUCUGAUGAAGUCUUCACCCUAAGACACAAAAAAUAUGAAGAGAGAGAGCAAGCCAGGUGGUCAUUAUGGGAGCAAAGCAAGUGGCACAGACGAAACAGCAGAGCUUAUAGCAAAAAUGUUGAAGGACAGGACUUAUUUUUGAAAGAAUACCCUAAUGACUGGAGUAGCAGUCAGCACUGUGCUGCUGAAAGUCCUCCUGAGCUUUUUUCAGAGAACCAUGAUCUGUGCACACACAGUUCACCUUCCUCAAAUCAAAGUCAAGAAAUCAAAUCUUUAUGGUGGGAACGACGGGCUUUUCCAUUGAAGGAUGAAGACACAGCAGCCUUAUUAUGCCAAGAUGGAAAAAAGGAUGAGAUUGAAAUGUCAAGCACAGUUUCUCAUGGUGAAAUCUUCUGUACCAGUGUAUUAGAGAAUGGCCAGCACUCCAAAAAUCAGUCAGAUAGAAUGGAAGAGUUCAAAACCUUUGGUCUAGGACUUACUAAUGUUAAAAAAAACAGGUGACAGGGAACAGGUUAAGCAAACUAUGUAAAUGAAGGAAAGACAAGAGGAAAAGAAAAGCCCUGUUCUGGAUCCCCGUGCCCUGUGGUCACAAUUCCAGAAUAAGAGCAUGUAUUGCAUGCGUCAGUCUUUUAGGCUGUUCAUGAAACAAGCAAGAUAAGUUUCUCUUUCAUUCUUGAACCACAAAAGUAACUAGCUUUUCAUCUGCAGACAAGUGCUAGUCAUUUGUGUUUAUCAUGCAAAUUACAAGCACCAUGAUAUUAACUGUUGCAACUGAUGUGAAAUCACAUUACUGGGUAAUUUUUAAGACUAUACACUCACACAUACACAUACUUACACACACACACAUCCCUGUGUGUCAAACAACUAUUUGAUACACAUGGUUAUUAAUUAAAAUUGCCUCAGAAAUUAUUAGAGUAUACAAAUAUGUAUCUAUAAAACAUACAUAUGCACACAUUAUACCUAUGUAGUUUUAAUAAAACACUGACAAUGACCCACUCCACUUGGAAAUGCAUGUAUGAACUACCCUGAAGUACACUAGUGUAAGCUACAGUAUAGAAAAAGCACAGGUUUCCACUGAUAAAGACAUCUAAA